AUGGUUCUUAGUAAACAAAUUGUAUUAAAAAAUCACAUCGAAAGUGGUACACCAACUUUGGAGGAUUUUGAAGAGAAAACUUUUGAAUUUUCAAUUGAAGAAUUAAAAAAUGAAGAAGUAGUAGUAAAAUUAGAGAUAGUUUCACCAGACCCAUAUAUGAGAGGUCGUAUGACAACACGUAAAUCAUAUAUCCCACCAUUUGAAAUUGGUAAACCAAUUGUUGGAUAUGCUAUUGGUAAAGUUACAAAAGCAGGCUCAGCAUCAAAGUAUUCAGUAGGUGAUUACAUUAUGGGUCAUUUACCAUGGCAAUCUGAAUUCAUCUACAAUUCAAACAGUCCAUAUGCAAAUAAAAUCGAUACAACAUUAGCGCCAUUGGAAUCAUUCCUCUCAGUUUUGGGUAUGGUCGGAUUAACAGCUUAUCACGGUCUCAAAGAGAUCGCAGAACCAAAACAAGGUGAAACCAUGGUAAUCAGCGCUGCAGCCGGUGCAGUAGGUCAAUUGGUCGGUCAAAUUGGUAAAAUCAAAGGUUGCAGAGUUGUAGGUAUCGUAGGUUCCGAAGAGAAGAUAAAAUACAUCGUCGAUGAAUUAGGUUUUGAUGUCGGUGUAAAUUACAAUUCACCAACUUAUAAAGACGAUAUAGCAAAAGCAAUUCCAAAUGGUGUUGAUAUAUAUUGGGAGAAUGUUGGUGGUGUUGUAUCUGAUGCAAUUUGGCCACACUUGAAUAAGUUUGCCCGUAUUCCACUAUGCGGUGUAAUCUCACAAUACAACUCUACUGAAAAGGAUGUUGGCCCACGUAUUGAAGGUUAUCUCUUGAAAACUUCCUCAAAAUUACAAGGUUUCAUCGUUGCAAACUAUGCAAGCAAACAUGCUGAAGCAUUAAAAGAAUUGGCUCAAUGGUAUAAAUCUGGUCAACUCAAAGAUAGACACACCAUUAAUAAUGGUUUCGAUCAAUUGGUGCCAUCUUUUCUUGCAUUAUUCAAAGGUACAAAUACUGGUAAAAUGAUGGUAAAAUUGUAA